AGAGUUACUUUCAGUCAUUUCUUUGUAAUUUUUGCCGGGGAUUCAGUAUUUUACUGUCCGCAAUAUCGAGGUGUCCGUUGUAGCGGGGUUCCGUUGUAGUGAGGCGAGAGUUGACUGUACCUUUCUAAACGUGUGAAGUUUGAAAUGUGUUUUGAGUAUAUGGGGAGGUUUUUAGUGCAUAAAAUGUCUCAUUCAGCACUGACUUCGAUCUUUUGCAAAAUUGUUUGAAACACCGUCUAUAGAUGCAGAUUGAGUUUCUACAACCUCUUCUCUUUUUUGCAAUAAUGUUUGUUAAUGAAUUGCUAUGAAAGUGCCAAGAAUAUAAGCAAGCAACGUGCAGGUAGUCUUGCAGUGGGGGGGAGGGGUAGGCUCUGUUCAGUCAGGGUUUGCACAGGUCCAGGUAAAUCUGGAAUAGUUGACUUUCGCGAUCUCUUAACGCCGUGUUCGGCGCGACGCUGGCUCGACGUAUGACCCGGGCCUUAGUCUCAAUUGUGUGCUAAAAUAUUCAGAAAUGUAGAUAAAACUUUCAAACUAGAGCGGAUUUCGUAUGAGUGGGAAACGGACGGUACUGUACUGUGACUGUAAUCGUACUGUAACCAAAUUCUAGUGCCCCAUUGGUUCACCAAAAUUAYGCAGGCCAGGUACKGUAACUGUGCGGUAACCGUGCAGUAACGGUGCCCCACUCAUACGAAAUCCGCUCUAUUUCCAUUGUCCUCUAUACUCACGGAUCUCUUGCAUUUGCACGGGYUGUUGUGAAUAAAAGAAUUUAUUACAUGGUUUUGAGGYUAAAACAGCGUAAAAGAGAUCGCUAAAAGGGUUUAUUUGUAAUUUAGUUUUCCAGGSCUGGAAAAUYAUUGCAAAUAUUCUUAYGAUUCUGACUAUUAUUUCCUGAACAAAUUAAAAAGAAAUUCCGAUUAUAUUUGAUGAACUGAUAAAAAUGAGCUGAUAAUACAGCCUUUGGUUUUGUCAUAUGAUUUACAUUCAUAGGSUUAUAAACAARCCCCAUGGAAACUGAGACUACAGACCAUCUGCAACCGCGCAGGCGCUGGCAGUCUACUGGCAUUUUAGACGUGAGCUUCCACAGGAAGCCCACGUAAUAAUUAAUAUUAAAUGCAGUGAAUGGUAUAGAGGUUGUAGAUUGAUCAAAAUUUGCCUCUUUUUCUCUUUGCCCCCUGAAAGACCGCGUGKGUAAUUGACAUUCUAAUAUGAGAACUCUGUUGUUUUGACUAUCAUGAUUAACGGCUAGUUAUCCGUUUGUACCCAGGACAGCUGCAGGUCGCAUAGAUUUGAAGUUACCUACUGCGCCAACGGCUUUACAGUUGGAAACCGCUCAGAUAUAAUUCAACCUAUUUUCAAAAAAGUGGAAAGAAUGAAGUAACAACUUGUUAUGGUUACGUCUUCAUCGAUCUUUCUUUUAUUUUCGGUUUUCCAACUCAGUCGCCAUGUCUUUGUGCAAUCCCAGCCAUUUUCGCUUCUCACUUCAACUGAAAGUGGUAUCGAACUCCAAGGCUUUCUUUACAAAUCGUUUUCGGACUCGAAACUAAGUAGCUGCUUUUUCGCCUGCAUGGAAGACGGUGUUUGCCAGUCAAUCAACUUCGAUACUCAACAUUUCYACUGCGUGCUAAACAACGACACCAAAAGACAUAAACCUAAGAAAGUCCGACCAAAGAGGCACGGUGUUUAUAUGGAAAAUCCCCAAAGAGCAAAGAAAGGUUCCAAUCCUCUUUUUGCUGGUCACUCGUGCAAGGAAAUCAAAGAUCUUGGUGAAUCUCGUGGAGAUAGAGAAUACUGGAUUGAUCCUGGGAACACUGGACAACCCUUCACUGUCUACUGUGACAUGACUACUGAUGGAGGGGGCUGGAUAUUGAUAAAGAGGGCAAAAUUACCAACUGCAGCUCCUAAGAAUUUUGUGGCAAAAGAURRUUAUAGGUCCCUUUCAAACUAUGCAGAUUACACYCAACUUAUCGACUCACCAGCWUUACAAAAGCUAAGAGAAGACAUGGGUUUCCAUCAGCUUCGAUUUCGAUGUCGUAAGAAGAGCAUCAACCGAACCCUUCACAUCAUGACMACCAACAACACCGCUGGACACAAAGUACUGGAUCACUUCCUCGUCAAGACAACAUGGCCGACAGCGUGYRRCUCGUUUGAAAGAYURCCAGAUGACAYGUCGAUUCUUGCACRGAAUUGCAUGAAGUGGGGUUACAAUGAUGRGAAGAUGGAGGUUAACCGAUGGGGAUAUWAUUCAAAUCGCGGGSCUCRCAGAAUCUAUACUAAAGCUAUAAUAUGGGAAAACAAGUACUAUUUCACCUGUAAAAGUCCGARAUUUUUAUGCGAUGACAAAAACGAAGCUACGCGUAGUGUUGGAGACGUUUGUGAACUAUUUGUUCGUUAGAAACCUUCUAUGUGACGACCAUAGUUGUGCCGAAAUGUCUCUUUCGCCAUUUUGACAAGGUGGUACAUUAUUGUCGCUCAUCCGAGAAACUUUCAGCG